CGGGGAUUCGUCCACAUCGACAAGGAGCUCUUCAAGAAAGCAAACAGAGCGUUUGUUCGGUCCCACUUGGAGAAUGCCGUACAAGCCUGGCGUCCGCGGUUCAAGGAGAAUUUCCUGCACCUGCAACUCAGUGGUGACCUGAUCCAGACCUACCAAAUUGUCAGAGGCCGUGAGUGCGCUCUUGAAUUUGACGAAUUCGUCGAAUUAGCUCGGUCGGAUCACCUGCGGGGUCAUCCCUUUAAACUGCAGAGGAAGCCAGCCCAUAUGGACCUUCGACGGAACGCCUUCUCACAGAGCGUGGAACGGACUCUCUGA